AGUAGAUAAAUAGCGCAAAAAGUCAAAAGUAGAGCACUUAAAAAAAGGGAAGUCUUCCGUUGGCCAUUUCUAACAGACUAUCAGAGUUCCAAUCUCUUUGCCAACCUGAAGACUAGACUACCACUAUUCCAUUGCCACUCUCUGCCGACCUUCCGCCGGCAAUGCCGUUAAUCUUCCCAUCGGCGGUACUUUCACCGCCGCAAAAAUCACACUACUUAUCGCCGGCGGCGGCGAGUCUCCGGCAUCAAAAUCCACACUUACAGAGCUACUCGUCGACAUCAAACUCCGAAUUCCUCGGUAAUAACCUCAUUCUCAAUCACCGUAAGCUCAGUUUCCCUGCAAUUUCGAAGAAAUUUAGGUCGGUCAAACCUUUGACCACCGUGAAAUCGUCGUUGUCGUCGCCGAUCAUAUCUCCGACCGAUUCAUGGGGCACCUGGACUGCUCUCUUCGCCUCAGCCGCUUUCGGUCUCUGGUCAGAGAAGACUAAGAUAGGAAGCGCCCUGAGUGGUCCGUUAGUUGCUACACUAGUUGGGCUUGCAGCAAGUAACUUGGGGAUUAUUGCUUCUGAAGCGAAAGCAUAUUCAGUUGUCAUGGAUUUUCUGCUUCCUUUGGCUGUCCCGUUGCUGUUAUAUAGAGCAGAUAUACGUAGUGUGAUCAAAUCUACUGGGAAAUUGCUCUUGGCAUUCUUGAUUGGAUCAGUUGCCACCACUGUUGGAACUGUUGUAGCGUUCUUUUUGGUGCCAAUGCAGUCGCUUGGUGGAGAUGCAUGGAAGAUAGCUGCUGCUCUCAUGGGUAGACAUAUUGGCGGAGCUAUCAAUUAUGUUGCCAUUGCGGAAGCUUUGGAGAUCUCUCCAUCAGUGCAAACUGCUGGACUAGCUGCAGAUAACGUUCUAUGUGCAGUAUAUUUUGCCACACUAUUUGCAAUAGCAUCCAGAGUGCCUCCAGAAGCUGAAGCAUCAACUGGUGAUAGCGUGACGGACAUGAGUUCUGGCUCUGGUGACAAGCUCCCUGUUUUACAGUCUGCACUUGCCAUAGCAGUGUCUUUUUUAAUAUGCAAAGCUGGAAGUUUUCUUACCAAAUAUUACGGAAUUCAGGGUGGUAUGCUUCCUGCAAUAACGGCAAUUGUGGUCCUCUUGGCAACUGUGUUCCCAAAACAGUUUAAUCAGUUAGCGCCUUCUGGGGAAGUUAUGGCUGUGGUUUUGAUGCAGGUAUUCUUCACUGUGGUGGGGGCGAGUGGGAAUGUUUGGAGUGUCAUUAACACUGCACCAAGUAUAUUCUUGUUUUGCCUUGUCCAAAUUUCUGUCCAUCUUGGUCUGAUUCUUGGAUUGGGCAAACUUUUUGGCUUUGACCUGAAGCUAUUGCUAAUAGCUUCAAAUGCCAAUGUUGGGGGUCCUACGACAGCCGGUGGAAUGGCAACUGCAAAAGGGUGGCAUUCCAUGGUAGUUCCUGGUAUUCUUGCUGGAAUUUUCGGUAUUUCCAUAGCAACUUUCCUUGGUUACGGAUUUGGUACUAUGUUUCUCCGACUCAUGUGAACAACCUCCGCAGAUUUCCGGUCAGAUAUAAUUGGUGGCUGUAAGUCUUGCAACUUUAGUUUUGCAUAGCCAACAAGUACCUCAGCAGAAUGCAGUCAGCUAAAGUUUUGUUUUGAGAAAAUCUCAAGGACGUACAAGAAAUAAUAGACUCCACAUCCAAUAAUUUUCUUUGUCAGAUAACAUAGAAUAUUAUCAAGCAGAAUUACUAUGUUAUUAUACAUCAAUGACGAUUGACGAACAAUGUUCUAAACAAUGGAAAACUUAAGGCAGAAUCACAGA